GCUUGAUGUUUUUCAAGGGUCCUUGUUUGUCGUUCUCCCAUUUCUUUAUCCGCUCCGUAGUACGUUUCCGUUUGGUAAAUUACGGUCAGACGGCGUGAGCCGUGAAGUAGCGACGUGAGCUAACCAGGUAGCGAGCACCGACGGGGACGAUAUGCGACCAAUCUGAAGAAAGCAGCUAUUGUACAGGAAAAGGACAAGCAUUGGUGUAAUCUAUAACAGCCGACCCAGCAAUCAUGAAAUGUGUCUCCGUGAUCUCAACCUGUUUUCUUCUUUUUUUGUGUAUUCAGAGCGUGACAUCUAAAAAUAUAUCUGACAAUGAAAGAAGCCUUCGGCAAGCAAGUACCCCACCAAGAGGUUGGAAUUCCUAUGAUUCCUUUUGCUGGACAAUUUCUGAAGAAGAAUUCUUACAGAGCGCAGAGGUCAUCUCCCAGCGUCUCCAUGCUCAUGGAUAUGAGUAUGUUGUGGUGGAUUACCUUUGGUAUAGAAGGAAAGUUGAGGGUGCUUAUACUGAUUCUCUUGGAUUUGAUGUGAUUGAUGGAUGGGGAAGAAUGAGGCCUGAUCCACAAAGGUGGCCUUCUUCUAAAGAUGGGAAAGGGUUCAAAGAAGUGGCUGAUAAAGUACAUAGCAUGGGUUUGAAGUUUGGGAUUCAUGUUAUGAGAGGGAUAAGUACUCAAGCAGUCAAUGCAAACACCCCUAUCCUUGAUCCAAGGAAGGGAACAGAAUCUGGUAAAGUGUGGCGAGCAAAGGACAUAGCAAUCCCAGAAAGGGCUUGUGCAUGGAUGCCUCAUGGUUUCAUGAGUGUAAAUACGAAGCUUGGGGCUGGAAGAGCCUUUUUGAGGUCCCUCUAUGAGCAGUAUGCUGCAUGGGGUGUUGAUUAUGUGAAACACGACUGUGUGUUUGGCGACGACUUAGAUUUGAAUGAAAUAAGAUACGUUUCAGAGAUUCUCAGGGCACUUGAUCGCCCCAUUAUAUACUCUCUGUCCCCUGGAACCAGUGUGACACCAGCAAUGGCCAAGGAUGUCAGUGGACUAGUUAACUUAUAUCGCAUAACAGGAGAUGACUGGGAUACAUGGGGUGAUGUUGUGGCUCAUUUUGAUGUGACAAGGGAUUUUUCUACUGCUAAUAUGAUAGGAGCAAGAGGUUUAAGGGGAUAUUCAUGGCCUGAUUUAGAUAUGCUACCAUUGGGAUGGCUAACUGAUCCAGGUUCAAAUGCAGGUCCACACAGGUAUGGACGCCUUAAUCUAGAGGAGCAAAAAACUCAGAUGACUCUGUGGGCUAUGGCAAAGUCUCCUCUCAUGUAUGGAGGGGAUGUGCGGAAGCUUGACCAAACGACAUAUAAUCUCAUCACAAAUCCAACUCUUCUGGAGAUUAAUUCUUUUAGCUCAAAUAAUAUGGAGUUUCCAUAUAUCACUAGCUUGAUGAAUAUGGAGAUUCAAGGACAUAAUCUUGCCGGGCAAAUGAUAGGAUCUAAGAGAAGUAGGCAAACAUCAAAUACACAUUUAAUUGAUCUCACUGGCUGUACUGAGUCAAAGGCAAUUGGUUGGUCUAUUGAAACUCUUAACGAACAUGUGGAAAGAAUCUGCUGGACAAGGAGCUCAGGAAACAACCAUCAGGCACCUUUCUGUGUGCAUAAGAGAGAAAUUCGUGUGGCAUUAGAAAAGAGUACAAAUCAAGAAGACUAUAGAAGGAAACAUCAUUUAGCUGCAGCCAACACUGAGCAACUUUGUCUUGAAGCUUCUCCAAAAAGAAAGCUUACUUCUAAAGAAUUUAAGAGAGGCACAUUUUCUCCUUGCAGAUGGGAUGCAAAUCAGAUGUGGGAAUUGAACCCUAAUGGGACCCUGGUAAAUAGUUAUUCCAGCCUGUGUGCAACAGUAGAUUCUGCAAAAGCUAAAACUCAUACUCUUCAUGGGAUUCGUUCUUGGAUUGCAAAAGGAAGGCGAGGAAAAGUCUAUGUAGCUUUCUUCAACCUAAAUGAACAGAGGACAGUGAUAUCUGCAAAGGUGUCAGACCUGGCCAAGGUAAUUCCUGGCAGCUAUAAUGCCUGUAAGGGCAAGGAAGUGUGGAGUGGAAAGGCCAUUAACACAAAACACGGGACGCUUUCAGCGGAAGUAGAAAAACAUGGGUGUGCACUUCUUGUCCUUAUUUGCCACUAAGACACGCCUCUUGCCGAGCCUUAAGGUUUGCGAAUGCAAUGUAUUAUUGAUGUAAUCAUAAUUGUGUUAGCCUCUUUGUACCAUCUUGGCUUGCCCCAGUUUUUAUUUUCCUUUUUUGUUAUUUUUAUUUUUUAUGUUUGUGGGGCAGUGGUGGGGGAGUUGGGAAUAACCAGAAAGCAUAUGCUUUUCUAAGGUAAUUGUGGAAUCCAUUUUGUUGGGUUUCAAAUUUGAAGCUUGAUAAGAACAGAAGGAUCGGUGUUCCCUAAAGAAAAAUAUUAGAGUAAUCUACUAGGGGCCGCCUAGUGUUCUUUUUU